AUGGCCUCACCAAAAACUGACAGCGCAGGCGGGAGCCCUCGCGAUGGCGUUACCAAGCAGAAUAUCUCAGCCGGAAGUUCUCCCGCUGGAGACCCUAUCAUCGCACAGGAUGAAAAUGAGGGUGAUGCCAGCGACUCAGCAUUUGGAGAUGAUGCGUCAGUCUCGCCCGGGAUUACGGAAACUUGCACUAAUGGUGUUCUGCAGAGAAAGCUCUACUGCUUCCAUCUCAUCAAGCAUCCUCGAAUAUCGCAAAUUUCAAGGACUGACUUUGCCGAUGAACACCCCAGCGUCGAGGUCAUCGGAACAGACCUCUCUCCCAUCCAACCAAGCUGGGUCCCACCAAACGUAAAGUUCGAGCUUGAGGACGCGACGAAAAACUGGAGCUGGCCCGAGAAUUAUUUCAAUCUCGUGCAUGUCCGUUUUCUCAUGGGUGCGAUAGUAGACUGGGGAACCCUGUUUAAAGAACCUUCUCACUGCUGUAAGCCAGGUGGCUUUGUUGAGUCUGGGGAGAUCAACCCGACUUUCUACUCAGAUGAUGGUAGUAUCGACGACGUGGAGGCUCUACAGACCUGGAAUCGAUUGGUGAUCGAGAGUGGUAAGGGCUUUGGGCGAAGUUUCACUAAUAUCGAGAACGACGUUCAGCUAUUUCGCGAUGCUGGUCUGGUAGGCGUGCAGAGCUUUGACUUCAAGGUUCCCAUUGGCGGGUGGCCCAAAGACGAGAAAAUGCGAAAGGUCGGCCAAUUCCUCCGUGCUUCGAUAGAGAAUGACCUCGAAGGAUAUACAAUGGUGGUUUGGCACCAGAUUAUGCAUUGGCCCGAAGAUGAAUAUCAGGUGUUCUUGAUGAACAUGAGAAAGGCGUUCAAGGAUAAGAGAAUUCAUGGAUACAUGCGUGUUCGAUAUGUUUAUGGUCGAAAGCCAGAUGCGGAUAAAUAG